UCUGAGCCUAGCCUACAGCCGCUACUGCCACCACCACCAGCAAUGUUCCUCCAUGGCCUCCUGCUUCUGACCUGGCUGACCACCAGCCUGGCCCACCACAGCCCCCCACUCUGGGAGGCAUUUCACAGCCAUGGGACCCCACGCUGCUACUCGGCUGAGGAGCUGCCCCUCGGCCAGGCCCCACCACAUCUGCUGGCUCGAGGUGCCAAGUGGGAGCAGGCCUUGCCUGUAGCCCUGGUGUCCAGCCUGGAGGCAGCAGGUCGUAGGCGGCAGCAGGAGGAGUCCCCAGCUGGGACCCAGUGCCCGGUGCUGCGGCCCGAGGAAGUACUGGACGCGGACACCCACCAGCGCUCCAUCUCACCCUGGCGAUACCGCGUCGACACGGACGAGAGCCGCUACCCGCAGAAGCUGGCCUUCGCCGAGUGCCUGUGCCGCGGCUGCAUCAACGCCAGGACGGGCCGCGAGACGGCCGCGCUCAACUCGGUGCAGCUGCUGCAGAGCCUGCUGGUGCUGCGCCGCCGGCCCUGCGCGCCCGGCGCCUUCGCCUUCCACGCCGAGUUCAUCCGUGUGCCCGUCGGCUGCACCUGCGUCCUGCCGCGCUCGGCGCGGUGA